GAAAUGCAUAAAGUUAAAGGCUUUGUCGCAGUUCUUCCAAGAAAUUCAUAUCGAUAUUGAUGAAAUCGGGUUACAACUGGCACUGUAACAGUGUGCUCGCGGAUAUAAAUUGUGACUACGGUACAGAUACUUAACACACGUUUAAUGUGUAUAUUUUGUGCGACGUGAAAUAAUAAAUGAAAUAUGACUGUGAGAUUGGAAUAUCAGACAAAUGAUACAGUUCGAAGGAACAAAUGUCAGGCAAUCGUGCUAAAAGCUUGCAAUGGCGUCUUGUUCUUGGCGGAUGUCUUGCUACUUAUCUUAAAAAUCGCGUAUUAUAUCUGCGGAAGCGUGUGUAAAUUCUUUGUGCCAACGCAAGAGAAAAGCGUGGCCGGGGAGAUCGUUUUGAUAACAGGCACGGGCCACGGUAUAGGUAAGGAGUUGGCGAUCCGUUAUGCGUCUCUGGGAGCGACGGUGGUAUGUUUGAGUUUGAAUCGACAACGAAACGAAGAGACGUUGAAUGAGAUUAAAAAGCUAGGCGUAACCGCGGCGUACGCGUACAAGUGCGACGUAUCGAAAAGAGAAGAGAUUUUCGAAGUAGCCGCGAGAGUCAAGAGAGAGGUCGGUGACGUCACUAUUCUAGUUAACAAUGCUGGUAUAAUGUCUUGCCACGCUUUUCUCGAUCAUACCGCCGACGAAAUUAAACGGAUCUUUGACAUCAACGUGCUAGCACAUUUCUGGACGCUGCAGGCGUUUCUACCGAGUAUGAUUGAAAAGAAUCACGGUCACAUUGUCGCGCUCUCAUCAAUAGUAGGGCUCUUUGGUUUAUCAAACAUAAUUCCCUAUUCCGCCAGCAAAUUCGCAGUUAGAGGACUCAUGGAGGCGAUUAACGAUGAAUUACAAUUGUCUACCAAGGGAAAAUCAAUGAUCAAAUUCACUACCGUUUAUCCGUAUAUAGUGGACACCGGAUUUUGCAAGAAGCCAAGAAUAAAAUUUCCGAGUCUCACGCCGAUAGUUUCGUUGGAAGUAGCUGCGUCGCAUAUAAUUAGGACGCAAAGGCGGGAUUACCGCGAACAAAGCGUGCCUUCGUUUUGGUUCUCACUGAACGCAAUAGCGAGACUUUUACCCUACGAAGCGUUUUACAGCCUAAGAAAUUUCUUCGAUUGGGGUCUCGAACCGGCUAACGAUUAAUGAAACAUCAUUCGCGCAACAGAUCCAUUGACAGAUGGACAGUUUGCGUACAACAUGUUUGUUUGAGCGCGCUUAUAAAGUGCUGCGAAAUGAAUAAAAAGAAUUGUAAUACUA